UCUAGUAUCAUAAAUAAUAUCACUGCGUUCUUCAUCACCUUCGAGUUCAGAGAGUUCCAGUAAAGCGCGGUCAGCAAUUCACCUCGCCGGAGAAAUGACCCGUCCGAUAUCUUUCGUUACCGGUAAUGCCAAGAAGUUGGAGGAAGUGCGGGCCAUCUUGGGACCGAAGUUUCCGCGUGAGCUGCUGCCCGUGAAGCUGGACCUGCCGGAACUGCAGGGAGAGAUUGAUGACAUCUGCAGGAAAAAGUGUUUGGAAGCGGCUCGGCGCGUAAAAGGACCGGUACUGGUUGAGGACACGUGCUUGUGCUUCAACGCAUUAAAAGGGUUACCAGGUCCAUACAUAAAAUGGUUUCUUGAAAAGCUAGAGCCGGAAGGGUUGCAUAAGCUGCUGGACGGUUGGGAAGAUAAAUCGGCGGAAGCAGUGUGCACUUUUGCGUACGCGCCGGGUGAAGAUGCGGAAGUAAUUCUCUUCCAAGGGCGCACCCAAGGCGACAUCGUCUAUCCGCGAGGCUGUCGUGACUUCGGAUGGGAUCCCAUCUUUCAGCCUAAAGGGUACGACAAGUCCUACGCCGAGUUGCCCAAAGAAAAGAAGAAUGAAAUUUCACACCGGUUUCGUGCGUUGAAUAAGUUGAGAGAUUAUUUUGUCGCAGAGAAUCAAUAACGAAACUUUGUAGUUAAAAUUUGAUGCAGUAAAAACGCCACAAAAAAAAAUGUUGAUGAAAGUAAGAAAA